UUCUGUGUGGCCACUUAUCGUCGCCAGCGCCACGGAAGGAUCCAGGCCCAGGUCAGAGUCCGGAAAACUCUAGUCCUGGCAGCACCCACUUCGCCAAGCCAGAUAAGAGGUCGCUAAUCCCCUCUGAGGAACAAAGCCCUUUGGCGCUCUUGACUAAAUAAGGGUGUCAACCCCGGACAGGCAUCGAUGUGCUGGUCGGGAUAGAUAAGGUCGGACAUGGCGUUGAUUGCCAAGCUCGGGGCUCAUUGGAGCUGGCACUGAUUGGGGAGGUCGACCUUUGACCGGGUGCUACACCUCGGCCAAAUACAAAGUCUUGAGGGGUGCCAGAUGGACCUCUCGUCCUGCCGAGGAAGCACUGCUCAGGUUGCCUGGUUGCUUGGUACAAUCCAUACCGGCAUCCUUCUAUUUGCUGGCCACCAGCGUCGUCCUGUCGGAAGGAACAAUCGAGGAGCAUUCGACAAAAAAUCGUGCACCUUGGCGCUUCGUUCGACACGCCACUACUCCACAGGAGCCGCCACUGUCCCACAACCGCGACCGGCACCGUGAAGAAUUUGCCAGGAUUUGCUCGCGUGAGCACUUCAUCCAGUCCAAAGUCAACAUUGAACGCUCAAGACGGCUUCGGAACGUGGCAUCAUGGAGGGAAGAAAGCGUUUCAGCCGCUUGACCCACCUCAUCAAUGAGAGAGUGGCAAAGAGCCCUGUUGGGCGCUGGUUCCGGCUGGACGGCAGCGGUCAUAGCAAGACUCGACGCGGGUCUGAUUUCUUGACAGAGAUGCGCGCCGGGUUGGCAACUUUCUUUGCCAUGGCUUAUAUCAUUGCCGUCAACGCCAGUAUCGUCGCGGAUACCGGAGGCACCUGCGUCUGCAACGGUGGCGAAGACGACCCGACAUGUUCGAACAACACAGAGUACGCCUUGUGCUCGAACGAGGUCAAGCGCGACCUGAUCACCGCGACGGCUGCAAUCUCUGCGUUAGCUUCCUUCUGUAUGGGGUUGUUUGCCAACCUGCCCGUUGGUCUUGCCCCCGGAAUGGGUCUCAACGCAUACUUCGCUUACACGGUUGUGGGUGUUAACGGCGGCGGUACCGUGCCAUAUUCGGUUGCUGUGACGGCCAUCUUCGUCGAAGGCUGGAUCUUCUUUGCCCUCGCACUGUUUGGCAUGCGACAGUGGCUUGCCCGAGCCAUUCCCCGUUCCAUCAAGCUCGCCACGUCUGUCGGUAUCGGCCUGUUUCUUACCCUUAUCGGCCUGACAUACUCCGAGGGAAUCGGCCUCAUUGUCGGCGCAAAGGAGACUCCGACUGAACUCGCCGGCUGCAUCGAUUCCCUUCGCGAUAAGGACACCGGGCUGUGUCCAGGAAGCGAGAAAAUGAGAUCGCCUAUGAUGUGGAUCGGCAUCUUCUGCGGCGGAAUUUUGACGAGUUUGCUUCUCAUCUACCGCGUGAAGGGUGCCAUUUUGUACGGCAUCAUCCUUGUCUCCAUCAUCUCCUGGCCACGUACCUCGGCGGCCACAUAUUUCCCUUACAACCCGAUCGGUGACGACAACUUCGACUUUUUCAAGCAGGUCGUGGGCUUCCAUCCGAUCUCCAAGGUUUUGAAUGUUCAGGAGUGGAGCAUUGGACAAUAUGGCGGCCAGUUUGGCCUGGCCCUUAUCACAUUCCUCUACGUCGAUAUCCUUGACUGUACUGGUACCCUUUACUCCAUGGCGCAGUACGCAGACUUGAUCGACCCUGUCACUCAAGACUUUGAAGGCUCCACCAUUGCCUACAUGGUCGACUCAGUCGCCAUCUCGAUAGGCGCCCUUCUCGGCACGCCUCCCGUGACCGCCUUCGUCGAGUCUGGGGCUGGAAUUGGGGAAGGCGGCAAGACAGGCCUAACGGCCAUGAUGACCGGAAUCUGCUUCUUCAUCUCCAUCUUCUUCGCGCCCAUUUUCGCAUCCAUCCCUCCGUGGGCUACAGGGUGUGUCUUGAUACUUGUCGGGUCCAUGAUGACGCAGUCCGUUACCGAGAUCAACUGGCGAUACCCCGGCGACAGUAUUCCAGCUUUCGUCACCAUUGCCCUGAUGCCAUUCACCUACUCGAUCGCCGACGGCCUGAUCGCUGGCGUGUGCACCUACAUCGUGCUCAACACCACUGUCUGGGUGAUCAAAAAGAUCACCCGUGGGCGCAUCGUCCCCCCGAACUAUGACGAGAAGGAGCCGUGGACGUACCGGAUCCCCGGUGGCUUCCUGCCUCCCUGGAUGAGGCGUCUGGCGAAAGGAGAGAAGAAGUUCUGGCUCGAUGAUGAUAGAGAUGAGGUUGUUGGCCGUGGUCAGGAUAGCCAGCGCACGAGCGGCAGCAUCGGCGAGCCUGAAGAGAAGACCACUGGUGCUACGGCUGCAUCGAAGCCGAUCAAAGAGGGUGGGGAGGAGAAGCUUCAUUGAGUGGUCGAUUUGGUCUUUCCCAUUGUCUGAGAAAAUAGUACCGGAUUUCUAGGAAGCUAGGUGGGACUAAGUAUCUAUCUCAACAGUAGGCAAGUGCCAGCCACCGCGAAAGGAAUAUCGCUGUGCGAUGGAUCACAAAUUAAGGGAAUUGGAUAUAUAAUAUAGAGACCAAAGGUCUCAUGCAUGUGAA